AUGACCCCUCUUUCAGCAUACAACCCUCAUUGGCCCAGCUCCGCGGUAUCCGACGUACCCUCCGAACGCGACAUUCCUUUCAGGUUCGGAGAUGCGCUGCCGGAACCCGUCUCUCUCAACGAUUCUGCCGAGUUGAUGCCGCCGCCGCCUCUGCCCGACUACCUGCACCUUAGAAGAGGCUCAGCGACGUCUACCGCGACCAAUCAAUCCAAGUCAAGCAUUGCAUCUAAGCUGAUGUCGAAACUGGGUCGCCCGUUUACCUCCAAGAGCAGCCCGUCAGGCACUUCGCCCGGUUCGCUACCUUCCUCGUCGCUCCCGGUCACGCCCAUCUCCGCUACCUUCAAUUUUCCCGAGAACGUCAGAGCGAGUAGGCGACCUUCGGCUGAGGUCGAAGAGAGAAGCUCUCGCACGACGAAGCGCAAGGAUAGGUCGGGAAAACAGAAGCCCUCCAGUAAGGUUCAGGAGAAGCGGUCCAAGUCCAAACCGAAGCCGGUUCGCAUGCGCAUCGACGUUCCUGCUCCUCCCAGGCGAUCCACGUCCGCUCCGUCCCUGAGACAGCGCGCCAGCCUCGCGGAUCUGGACAUAGAGGAAGAGCUCAACCAGGCCGACAUGGAGCGCGCAUUCACUCCGGAGUCGGAUCCGUUCGCCAAGGGCGAAGUCGAGCUCGUGGACGCAUUUCAUUGCUCGCCAUCGGGCUCGCCUUCGAGGACGCUCGGGUCAGCGGCCGGCAGCAUCUAUUCGCUCAACGACGACUAUUAUCCCGCGCCGGAGAGGAUUCCCUUGCCGCUUACGCCUACCUCGCCCGAGUUCGGAGGCUUUUCGCGUUCUUCGUCUCAACGGAGUCGCGUUACAUUCGAAACCCCGAAGGUUUACGGUUGCUCAUACGAAGCCCCGCACCCGCCUACUUCCUACAGAUUCCCCGCGCACUCGCCCAAGGGCAACCCUCCCAGCCCUCGUCGUUCAAGCCCUCGGUCUCAUCUCGAGCGAGCGAUUCUGGCGUACCCCACUCCUGAGCUGGAGGAUGGACCUUUGGAUAAACCAGGCUUGCGUCCCAGGCUUUCGUCCGUUUCGGCAACCAGGCAAAGGCUACUGAGACGGGAAUCUGCGAAGGCCGCUCCGACCCAGCCAUUGCCUGCACCCCCUAUGCGCCACUUCUCCGGCUGCUCCGCCGACUUCGGGGGCGGCUUGUUGGACGAGGACUCUGCCAGCACGCCCAAGGCGAACAAGACAUGGGCCAUGCAAUGUAGGACGCCCGCAAUUUCACCUGAGGGGCAGGCGGGCAGGGCCUCGUGCGAGAGCGGGAGCAGCAUAGGUCUCGGUCUGGUGGACUGCGUGGAACCUUCGCGGAUGCGCACGCCUGAACCCCACGGCACCACGGGAGAUGUUGCCUUCACACCACCCCAGUUACCGUCGACUGAUAACGAUACCACUCCCGUACGCCGUUCCCCGGGAAAGACGACGCCUCCGUCGUACAGGAUGGCUAAAUACGUGCCUUUGGAGAAGCACAGAGGCCGGGAACCGCCCUCGUCCCCGCCCUCGUACCGUCCGCGGCAUAGCGAGAAGGCGCCUUCAGCAGGAUCAGCAUCGUCCGCUGGUGUUGCCCAAGAUCCGUUCUCGAAUAGGCAGCAUCUCCGCCCUGACUCCGAGCGGACGUUCGAUGGCUCUAUCGGGUCUCUGGGCUCCUUCAGAAAGUCCGGCAGCUUGUCGAUCACGUCUCGUUCGCCUGCCCCGUCUCUGUCUGAGUUCCCGUGCCCGCCGCUCGCUGCGGCAUUGUCCGGAGCUGAUUCGGGAGCGGACACAGAUGCGUCUCUAGCUUCGGGGGCACAAACGGCGGAGCGACAGCGUUCUCGGAGCGGUCGUUCUGGCUCGCCCUUUCCCUUCGCCAGGAGCAACUCGACCGAGAUGGAGAGCCAGAAGAUGCUUGAGGAACCCACGACGGCGGUGACGGAGGACGUUAUCAUGCCGGGCGCAUAUAUCGAAGACUUAAGCCCUCCAGCGGAUGGUCAAGUACGGCACAAGCCCUCGUUCCCUUUCGAGCAUCAAAGGCAGCGCUUCCUGAGCGAGAUGGACCUCAUGUUCACCCCGCGGAGCAGAGAGAGCUCGAUCGCUGGCGAUGAUCACGAGGGCAGUGUGUGCUUCAGCGACCCCUGGAUGAUGCCCUCCGGCGCGAGCUCGAGGGCUGGGUCGGUCAAUUGUCUGUCAGACGAUGGGGAUUCCGCUAGCAUCGGGAGAUUAUGCAUGGACAUGUUGUCGUUUGACGAUGAUGGGGAGGGCCUGGGGAGCGGCUUGGACGAGGAUCUGUUCGAAGACGCGAGAGAUGAUAGUGGAGUCUUGGGGGAAGAUUCAACUGUGCACGAGCUGCAUAGUUUCAGAGAGAAGGGAGGACGAUGGCUUCAGCCGUAUAUCCCAGAGUUCUCAAACGCGCGCUCGAAUUCACCGGUGCUCGGCCGUAUUCCCUCAUCGUCUGGUAGAUUGUCCCCGAACGAUCGUACACCCACGUUGGAAACGGGCCCUACGGUGUCGUCUAUUUUUCAUGGUCUUCGCCGGCUUCACAGUUCGUUCUCAAAGGUCGCGGACGUGAAAGAUCCUGAGGAGUCUGACUCUGCCCUCACUCCGCCUCCGCUGCCUGAUGUACUAGAGUCACCAGUUCCGGUGGAGAAGCCGCUUCCGUCUGUCCCGUCUUCCCCGGUCUCGCCGGUUCGGUCUAUCAGGACAAGAGAGAUCACUCAGCGCUUUAGAAGGCUGGGCGGUGUCAAAGCUGGACUGCCUUGGUCGUCAUCGGAGGCGAAGACGAAGCUGCCGGAUCGAGAGGGUGGCGGAGCUGAGCGCGUCGCGCACUCUCGUACGCAUUCGCUCGCCUCCAAGGGGAGCACCUAUCACAGCGCUAGGUCUUCAUGGGCGUCGGGCCAAGAAGAACGAGCCGCGGAGGACGACACGGAACUCGAUACGCCUUUGUGCCCGACUUUCCCGGUGGAUCUUCUGGAGGAGGAGGAGGCAGAUGAGGAUGAGGCAUGCAACGAGCGUGACUCUGGCGUGUUCGUUCGGCAAGACGGACCCAGCUCUCUGCAUGCGACCGGCUUCAAGACCUGA